ACUUUCUUUCGAAGAAAUUCAUGAAUUAGUCUGAGCUGCGAUGCAAUAGUGGACACUCGUCACGAAACAAAUGAAAGUGAUGCUGAAAGUGAAUCUGAAUUUGUAACAAAAUAUAUUUAUAUAAUUUAAUAAAUUUAUUCCAAUUUACGUCGGCAUAAUGUUGCAGAAAGAUUUUUACGAUGAUGCUGUUAUAUUUGUAACUGGUGCAACUGGUUUUGUGGGCAAAACCCUCUUGGAGAAGUUGCUUUGGAGUUUUCCACAAGUAAGAUGUAUCUACAUACUCAUACGCGAGAAAAAUGGGAAAAGUGUGAAUGCGCGGUUUCAUGAGUUUCAGCAACACAAAAUCUUUGAGCGCAUACGCUUGAAUGUGCCAAAACGUUUGGAAAAACUUGUGUGUCUUAAAGGCAACAUAGAGAGUGACGACUUUGGCUUGAGCAAUACAGAUAAGAAGAUACUUUGUACACAGGUUAAUGUCAUCUUUCACAGUGCAGCUACAGUACGCUUCAAUGAGCGGCUGAAAGUUGCUGCACAAGUAAAUGCAAUCGGCACGUGGCACCUAUUGGAGCUUUGCAAACAAAUGCCACAACUUAAGAGUUUUGUUUAUGUAUCGACUGCAUACUGUAAUCCCGGACGCAAAUUUGUUGAUGAAAUGAUUUAUCCCACGCUACCGCCGGUGAAUUGGAAAGACUUUGUUAAUUGCACUAAAAGAAUACCAGACGCAUAUUUCAAUAGUUUAGCUAACUAUAUUAAGGGACCACAUCCAAACACUUACACAUUCACAAAAUCAAUAGCUGAACAAAUUGUCAAUGACUAUAAACACCAUUUGCCUAUUGUGAUUGUGCGUCCGUCAAUUGUAACAGCAGCUUAUCAUGAACCAUAUCCUGGUUGGAUUGAUAACAUACAAGGAAUCACUGGUAUAAUGAUGGAGAUUGGUAAAGGUACUAUAAGCAGUAUACUGGGCGAUAAGAAUAUUAUAUGUGAUAUAAUACCAGUUGAUUUUGUUGUGAACUCUAUGCUUUUAAUGGCACAGAAAGCAACUGUUGGAAUUGUUAAUAUCUCAAAUUCUACUUCUGGUGUCACAAAUCCAAUAACUUGGCAACAGCUUGGUUGUCUUACGCUAAAAUGGUCACGUAUUUAUCCAACAAAACGUUUAAUGAUGUAUCCAAAUUUUAAAUAUCGUAAAAGUUUUAUAUAUCAUGAAAUCGCUGUCAUAAUUUUACAUUAUAUACCCGCAUUCUUAAUGGAUCUUUUAACUCUAUUGCAGCACAAAAAGAAAUUCGUACUACCCAUAGCUAAAAAGUUUCGUCAAGCUUGUCUGGCUGGUAAGACAUUUUCAUUAAAUGAGUGGAUUUUUAGGAAUCGUUCACGUUACUAUUAUAAGCAACUGCUUUGUAGUGAAAACGCCCAUAACAUGUGUUGGGAUCUGGAGACAUUGAAUUAUGAUUUAUACAUACGCAAAUUCGUAAUAGGCAUACAAAAGUACUUACACCACGAACAUUUUCAAGAAAACUCCAAUAAAAUUAAAAUUACAAAAUACUUUUGGUUCUGGUCCUUUCUACAUAUAUUUCUGGCAUUCUUAAUAAUUUAUAUAAUUUUUUAACGAGAA